AUGAAACCGACAGAGGCUGGCUUCGAUCCCUUUGUGCAGCUAGAAAUAAGCAAGGAUGCCUCUUCUGCUGAAAUCCGGCGCGCUUACAAACAGUUGUCCGUCAAAUAUCAUCCUGACAAGGGUGGCGAUCCCAAACGUUUUAUUCUGAUAUCAAAGGCUUAUGCAGCUCUCACAAACGAGGAAUCAAGGAAGAACUGGGAGGAAUAUGGAAACCCCGAUGGGCCAGGAGUCGCUCAUUUUGGGAUCGCGCUGCCCAGAUGGAUGGUACGAAAGGAGAACUUCUAUUUGGUUAUCGGUGCCUACAUCUUCCUGUUCAUGCUUCUGCUUCCGAUCGCUGUGGGCACUUGGUGGUACAACACAAUGAAGUUCAGCACGAACAACGUUCUUCUAGACACCGUCAGAUGUUUUUGUGGGGCAUUCAUGCGUUCUCCAUACAUGGCCAUGCCUCGAGUGAUCAAAGUGCUCUCCAGUGCCUAUGAGUUCAAUCCGAGUUGCAAUAAAGAAGUGGCCUGUCGUCCUAGUGAUAACGUUGAACUACCCCCUCUUAUCAUGCAGAUACCGAUUUUUACUAUUUUCAAGAAAGCAAUUGUCGGCUCACCCAGCUCUGUAAAGGCAAGGGCAUUGAUCUACGCACAUUUAGAGCGUAUAGAUUUGCCGCCGAAAACACUGCAUUUAGGUACGUUGAUUGAUUCUAUUUGGGUUUUGUUUCUCGUGUUUGUUUCAUUCGUUUUUGGCUCUCGUCACAAAAUGCCGCAGCAUCUGGCCACCAUAGAGAACUGCAUGCACUUAGUCCCCAUGCUAAUUCAAGCGCUUUCGGACAGUGCCUCUCCCCUGCUACAACUACCGCAUAUCGGAUCUUCCCAGCUUCGACACAUGGCUGCCAAGCAACGUAAUAUUAAAUCUAUCCGGCAAUUAGUUCGGCUUCCUGACGACAAGCGAAGAAGUCUUCUCCGCAGUUUAUCGGACGAGCAAUACCGGGAUGUUCUGAACGUUUGCGCUUCUAUGCCUAUUUUGGAGAUAGGAUAUCGUUGUGAGGUGUUGGACGAAGAGGAUCCCAGCAUUUGGCCCUUCAGUAUGGUCACGGCAACCAUACUGUUGACACGCCAUCCUCUGUACGAACCGACUGCUUUUGCCAAUGCCACGUCAGUCGCUGCCACUACAGUGGUUAGCACCAGCAUUCUGCCAGAGGCCCACUAUGCCAGUGGCGGACGCAGUGACUGGUCAGUUUAUGACAAUUCGUCAUCACAACUCUACCCCGCCGCGGACAUCAAUUUGGACUCCGGACCAAUAGAUUACGGAGACUUCGAGGAAGAAGACAAUGAUCAGUACGCUUCGAAGUCGGGAAAAUUACGGAAAUCCACUACUCCUGUUUGGGACAAGAGCAAAAGGAAAAAGCCAGUUCGCAAGACAAAACAGCGUAAGCAAGAGCAGUGGAAACUGCAGCAACGAGGAGAAAAUCCAGCGGGCGACAAAAUUCGUGCCGUUUCAGCCAUCAAACACGAUCCACUUGAAGAACAAAAUUCUGAUGUUGACGCUCCUGAGCUUCUACUUGAUGACUCUUCUGUCACAGGAUCGUCGAACCACAUGACUGGUAAUACGGAGUUGGAAGACAUCACAAGUCUUCAGGUAGCUGCGAAUGACGCUGAUGUUCACACCACCGAUCGAACGUCUAACAGGAAGAGCAGUGACAACAGCUCUGCGUCCAAAGGCGUUCGAAACCCCUCAAAGUCCCCCAGUGAACCUAAAUCCUCCUCCGAACCUAAACCUCAUUGUAUGCAUCUGGUUCAUUGUCCUUUCUUCCCCGUGGACAAGUUUGAGGGAUGGUGGGUAUAUUUGGUCGAUCGUAAGACUCGACAACUGGUCACCAGACCGGUCUAUGUGGCCACCUUACAAACAGUAGAGGAGGUUCCUUUGCGUUUCGUUGCCCCGUCAGCCCCAGGAUCGUACAUUUACACGUUGUACGUACGUUCCGAUAGCUACGUGGAUAGUGACUUUUCCGAAACCAUCCGAUUCUCUGUAUCCCCUCUACCCGAGCGAAUAGUUCAUUACCUGAAGGAACAAGAGGAAGCACAAACCGAUUCUAGUGCCUCCAGUUACCGGGGAGAUUCGGACGAUGAGGGCGAUCUUGCCGAGGAACCGUCUGAGAAUGACGACGAUAAAUUGAAUGCCGAUGCCAGCGACAUGGACGAGGAGGAAAAUGGUGUCAUAGACGAACAACGUUUAUUUGCCUAUUUAGCCAAGGCUUAAAUGUUCUGCUCUCCCUUUUCGAAAUUGCAUUUGCUAUGCUGUUUAUCUUCCCAUGUCCAAAGCAAGCUUGAAACGAACCCCCUACUUGAACGUA